UGACGUCAGUCACUUGUUGAGCGCAGACAGGAAACCCCGCAGCAAUAAGCUCAUUUUACAAAGGAAACCUCUGUGUUUGGUGAGGGACUUCUUUUAUAUCACUUUACCAGAAAUAUUGUCAUUCAACAGGACUGUUUUAUUUUCCUUUAGUGUUACAUCUUUUAAAAAGAAAACGCCCUAAAACAGGCUGAACUAUUGAUCUGGACUGAAAACCACAAGAGAAGAAGGUGCGCUCAUCACAAGUAGGUUAUUAUCAUGUCUGGUGAAGAGGCUCCAACUCCUCCGCCGCAGCUGCAGCAGGAGAAGAUGCCCGACGAGGAGCCUCCACCGGCGGCUGCAGAAGCUCCGCAGGAGUCCGGCAGCCCCGCAGCAGCCGAGGAGGAGAAGCCCGUCUCCUGCAGGGCUCUGAUCCUCACCGGCUACGGAGGCUAUGACAAGGUGAAGCUGAUGCACGUGAAGCCGCUGAAGACGCAGCAGCAGCAGCUGGAGGCUGGAGAGGUCCUCGUGAACAUCAAGGCGUGCGGGCUGAACUUCGCCGAGCUGAUGGGCAGACAGGGACUGUACGAGCUGCUGCCUGCACCGCCUGUCGCAAUGGGGAUGGAGGGGUCAGGGGUCAUCGAGGCAGUCGGGCAGGAUGUGAAGGACAGGAAGGUGGGGGAUCGAGUCAUGGUGUUGAGCCUCUGUGGCAUGUGGCAGGAAGUGGUUGUCGUGCCCGCCAACCGCACCUUCCUCAUGCCCGAGCAGAUGAGUUUUGAGGAAGGUGCUGCUCUCCCAGUUAACUACUUGACCGCUUACAUGAUGCUGUUUGAGAUCGUCAACGUGAGGCCGGGCAAGAGUGUUCUCAUCCACAUGGCAGCAGGUGGUGUUGGUACCGCCGUUACCCAGCUGUGUCGGACUGUGCCAGAUGUGACUGUUUUUGGCACGGCGUCAGCCUCCAAACACGAGACCAUUGCCCAAGAAGGCGUAACUCACCCCAUUGACUACCGCACCAAAGACUACGUGGAGGAAAUCCACAAAAUCAGCCCGAAGGGAGUGGACAUUGUCCUCGACCCACUCGGUGGUUCAGACACCCAGAAAGGCUAUAAUUUGUUGAAAUCUAUGGGCCAGCUUGUAGUCUUUGGUGCGGCCAAUUGUGUGACAGGCCAGAAGAAGAACCUGUUGGCCAUGGCAAAAACCUGGGCCUACCAGUUCUCUCUCACCACACUCAAACUGAUGCAGGCCAACAAGUCCGUCAGCGGCUUCCAUCUGGGCUACAUCACUGAUGAGCAGCUCAUCAACAGGACUAUGUCCAAGCUGAUAGAACUCUACGAGCAAGGGAAGAUCAAGCCCCGCAUUGACUCAUGCUAUCACUUUGAGGAGGUGGCUGAUGCCAUGAAGCGCAUGCACGAACGCCUUAACAUCGGGAAAGUCAUCCUUCUGCCUGAAGCGAAGAAGGAGGAGGUGAAGCCAAAGUCCGAGCCCGAGAAGCCAAAGUCCGAGCCCGAGAAGCCAAAGUCCGACCCUGAGCCGGUACAAAACGCGGAAAAACCUGAAGGUGCCGCCAACGAGAAGAAAGAAGAGACCACAGAGGAAGUUAAAGCCGAGGAUUGAGUAAGAGUGUUUAUUUGAAUGAUAUUUUCAAGCACUUCCUGAAUGAGUUCCCUAUUGUUCACUUGUCAAAAAGAGAAGAAAAGCAAGAUGCCAUGAAUUAUUUGACUUUGUCAGUAUUUUCAAAUGUUUAUGAGGAUUUUGUCGUGCAAUAUGUCUACAGUGUAGUGUCUGUGUUGGGGGAUUGUUGGGGUUGUAUUCGUAUUACAGAUGGUUUUUAAAAAUGACAAAAUGAAGGGGUGCAGCUUCAAAUAUUUAGGUCAGCUCAGCAACAGCUCAAGAAUAAUAUUUGUUAUCACAACAAACCAGGGUCAGUAUGUAUGAAACCUCUAAGAAAGGGUCGCAUUUAUUGUUCUAUACAUUGACUUCUGAGUAAACAAUGUAAAAAAAAAAAAAAAAGACACAGCUUUGAAUAUAGAAGCUGAAAAUAAUGCAUCAGUCAUCAUAGUCAUGAUCCAGAUUACCCAUCAUGCACUGCAGCCAUUGCUUCACUAUAUUGCAGCGCACAAGAGGAAAGAUUAUAUACUAUAAAAAAGCUAAAAUAUUCAUAAAAAUGUUAGAUGAAUUAAAGAUAGUAACCAUUUUAAGUGAGAACCAGAAAAUGUUAUUCAAUGACAUGCUUAAUUGUGUCGCAGAGGUCGACCUAAAAAUGAAGCAUUACCAUGAAAAGAUUAUAAAAAAGUUUAUAUAUUAAGAAUCGUUUUGAUUUGCACUUUCUUUGUUUUGUUAUUCAUUGUCUUUCAAAACAAAAUCAUAUAUCAGCUCUCUAUUAAUUUGGGAGCUGACGGAAGACUCUUUUUCUUAUGACACUUAUUCUUAACUGUAAGAAUAAGAGCAUCAUGAUGUCAUUAAUAGAAUUUGAACAUAUUUAAGAUUAAAAAAAAAAGUGUCUUCAUACAUACCGGCCCUGGUACUGUCUUCAAAGUAAAAGAUUUAACCUGAAAUGCAUUUCCCUUUUUCACUUUUUUCUUUAAUCGGCAUCGUACCUCAUAUCUGGCAAAGUAAUUUGAAUGUAAUCAGAAUAUAUUACUGUGUUUUGGUAUUUCCUUGGAUCCUGUUACAGAUUAUUAAUUUGAAGUAAUGACUAACUGUAAUCAAAUUUGCCUGUUUUAUCAGUAAAUAUUAGUGUAAGACUUGUCAGGAAUGUCAGUUAUCAUUCUAGUUUCAUGGGUUGUGAUGCACUACUCAAAUUCCUCUUUGAUGAAUGUUGUCAGACGAUAGGUCUGUAUUGUAUUCUCGUUUAAAUUGUUAUAUUUUUUGCGCAUAUUUGUGCCAAAUUUAAAGCCAGCUUUCACCGCUGCCGUCAAGCCAACUGUGAAUAACUAUUAGCGGGACUUCCCUGCCUUGACACUCGUCGCCCCUGCGGGUUUUCUUCUGAUGUCGGACGCUGGCGGACCAUUUUUGUGUCAAAUUAUUGAUUUCCUAAGUAAGUAGCUGGGAUAAUGUACAGCUAGCGGGUCAUUGUUAUGAAAUAAACCCCUUCAGGGUGAUGCAGGACCCCUCCGCUUCGUGCCGGUGUUUAUUUCACAACAAUGACCGGCUCGCUGUACAUUAUCUCUUACUUGGCAAGCCAUGUGAAGGCAGGUUUUCUCGCCUUAAUUGAUUUAGCUGCUUUCUUAAAUCCUACAUUGCCUCUUCAAAAUCAAAAAAUUGUGCCAAGUUUACAGAACUACUCUAUGUGUUACUUAGUCAUUCCUCUUAUAGAUAUAUGUACAAGGAGUGGGUUCAAAAAUUAUGAAGAAAAACUUUGCUUUGCUUUUACGCACUUUGUAUUUCUGUGUUCAAUACAUAUUCAUGUUGAAGCUCUUUACAGUAUAGUGAUGGAUUAUUCAGCUUCCAUUUUUUUUUUUAAAUGCUUGCUGUUUCUUUGAAUGGAUGAUCUUAAAUAGUGGGCUCAGUAUGUUUUGUCCAGCUGUGGGUGUAAUUCAACGCUGAGACGCUACCAAAGCACAAGAGAGAGGAGUUUUCCCUCCAUCCACACCAGAGCAGCGCCUCACAUUCCUCUCCCCACCCUCUCAGUCCUGCUUUCUGUCUCGCUCUACGUCUCUCAAAACUCUCUCCCUCUCCAGCAUACCUUGUUUUAAAAAAAAAAAAAACGCCUAGAAGAA